AUGGUAGUCAUAGGCCGAGGACAAUCUGUGCGGCAAUCAGAAAUACUGCCAGUACAUCAUUCCCAAAUUUUAAGGACAUCAGAAGUUGAAAAGGGAAUCAAGCCCCAAGUUGCCUUCCCCAUCGAUGAUGAAGACGAAGAUAAAAUUGUGGGUGGUUACACCUGCCAAAAGCAUUCCGUCCCCUAUCAGGUCUCUCUAUAUUCUGGAAUACAUAGAUGUGGUGGCACCAUCAUAAACAACCAAUGGAUUGUUUCAGCUGCUCACUGCAAUAGAUCCCGAAUCCAAGUGAGACUUGGGGAACAUAGUUUGACCAAAGAUGAUGGUUCCGAGCAGUACUUUGAUCCAAUCAAAAUCAUUCUCCAUCCCAAAUUCAACGGCAGAACUUUUGACAAUGACAUCAUGCUCAUCAAAUUAUCCAAACCAGCCAGUCUCAAUUCCCGUGUUUCAGCAAUCCGUCUACCAAGCAGCUGUCCAUCCACCGGNUAUCUGAUUGCCUUCCCCAUCGAUGAUGAAGAUGAUGAUAAAAUUUUGGGUAGUUACACCUAAAAGCAUUCCGUCUCCUAUCAUGUUUCUCUGAAUUCUGGAAGAUAUAGAUGUAGUGGCGCCAUCAUAAACAACCGAUGGAUUCUUUCAGCUGCUUACUGCAGUAUAUUCCAAUUUCAAGUGAGACUUGGGGAAUACAGUUUGUCCACAGAUGAUGGUUCCAAGCAGCACAUUGAUCCAAUCAAAAUCAUUCCCCAUCCUAAAUACAACCACAGAACUUUGGACAAUGACAUCAUGUUCAUCAAAUUAUCCAAGCCAGCCAGUCUCAAUUCCCGUGUUUCAGCAAUCUGUCUACCAAGCAGCUGUCCAUCCACCAGAAAAAUAUGUUUAGUCUCUGGCUGGGGCAACAUUCUCAGCAGUGGCGAACAUUAUCCAGAUCUCCUACAGUGCCCGAAUGUCCCUGUACUUUCUCAGGCCUAGUGCGUUGGGGCUCAUCCAUGGAAAAUCACCAACAAUCGUAUGUUUUGUGCUGGAUACCUGGAAGGUGGAAAAAACACUUGUCAUGAACGUCUGGAAGAUGCUGAGGCCACCAAGACAGGAAUGGAGGGGCUGGAGGAAGAAGUGAGCCCAGGAACCUCAGUGGGGCCCUUAGAGGAACGAGCGGAUGAGCACCUGGCUGGAGAGGAAAGGGGAGAAGCGCAGCUGCAGCUGGAGGGCUCAGAGACCCAGCCAGAAGCCCAGGAUGGAGAAGGAUUGCAGCUGCAGCUGAUCAGGAGGGAUGAAGAGAAACUGACUCCUCCACCAGAGGACUGA